AAUGUUGACCUUGGAGAACAGCGCUAACAGACGAUAAUGAAGGUAGAGGAGUUUUACUCCUUGUUAGGAGAAAAACGAAAGACUUUAGCAGAUUUUCUACUCUCUAAAUUUGGAAAAGACUUGAAAAACAUACAGGCAAAUCAUAUUAACUUUUCUUAUACUCCGAAUUAACAGAAUUCAUGUAAUAAUGCGUGCGCUGCCCAAAAGGAUUUCCUUGAUGUUGAUACUGAAGUAGAAAACCAAAUAAAUUCGAUAGCUGCGAAUCGUUACGAAAGGUUUAGUUUCAUAUGACGGUUACGAUUGAGCAUGAAUAUAUAGGUUAAUAAAUAAUAUUGAGCUUCAGGCAAAAGGACUCAAGUUACACAGAAUAGACGAUAAAGAGCUUAAAAUCGGUAUUGAUAAAAUGAUUCACUUGCAUUUAAAACAUCAAAGCAACAUCAUAAACAAUGAUUCCAACCUAGAAAAGAACCGUGAGAAACUAUGUCAUUUGUUAGAGACUGCCAGAUCACAGAAGAAUUCUAGUAGUACAGUCAUCAAAAAGCUGAAGGGAUCUGCAUCGCGUAAGAUUCGUUCAGCUGUAUCACAAAGUUUCACGAAGCACACACUCCGGGUUCCAGGCUUGAAUGCUAAAUCAAAAAACAUCCCUGUUGAUCACUGGCCGUCGUCAGAAAAUGGCUUUUUCUGUUUACUUAGAGGAUUUCUUACACACGGGGGUGUACGGAGGAGAUUAACUACAGCUCAGAUUUGUGAAUAUGUUCGUGAAUGGCAAGUUUGCAAUCAAAACAGGCUAAGAAAGGUUGGGAGAGGUUGCAGCUGGAUCGAUCGGGUAAAUUAUAUAAAGUGUUUAUCUUCGAAAUGGUUUUGAAAGAAUGUAGUUCAAUUUCUUCCUUAAAAAUGAAUUCCUUAGUUCGUGUAAUUAACCGAUUGUGUCAUUGAAUAAAAAUAAAGAGAAUUCAGCGGAUAGAAUUUUCCUUUCCAUGAAAUCUCUAAUCACUUUACGACCCAAACUUUUCUGUCCUUCUAUAAACUUACAUAUCCAUCAAACUUCUGCAGUUCCUCAUUCAUAGUCAGUGUAUUAGAAUGCAAGAAAAACAUUUAUUUAUUCAAACACAUAAACACUGGUACAAUUAGGUACCGAAUAUAUGUGUGCCACACUUCAUUCGAUUGGUGUGAGAGCUGGAAUACUGCCUGGGAGCCAAAAUAGAAGCUGGUGGUUUUCUUAGAGGGCCAUAUCCCGAGCCUUUGACCUAUGGGUCUAAUCUACUAGGCAGUAGAGCAACGUUAGGAGAUGCAGUCCCACGGUAACCAGUGACCAACAGUAUGUUCAUACACCAUUUGUUUCUCCAGGGUAAUGGAGCUCAUGUGCACCACGAGAAGGCAGUGAGUAGGACUUCCCUGAUAGUAGCUGUAUAUAUGUGUUCAUGUGAGAGAACUUCGAGAGGGUAAACUGGUUCUCCCCACUCUCAGCCGUACCAAGGCAUUUGGGGGCAUAGAAAUCUAACUUAUGUGGUAUUUGUAAGAAGGUCAUUUUUAAGUUACUAUAGUAGCUAGGGAAAGCAGUGACAAACUGCACAUGCUUAGAGCUAAAACUUUUAUUUUUAAGACGCAAAUGUUUAUUAACGUCAAUCAUUUCAUAGCUUUUAGUACGAUUGGAUAAUUUCUGAGAUGCUCAUCAGUUAACACUUUGCUGUCAAGAACUUUUUGAUUUCUAUAAAUCACAAGUCAGUGAGUAGAUUUUAACCUUUUCUAUUACUUUGUGUAAUAUCCACGAUUGUACUACCUACUUCAGUGACAAUCAGUUUUGUAUCAUUACAUAUAUAUGAACUGAAUGCGAAGCUCUUAAGAUGUUUAAGCGCCUUUACUGUAGUAAAUAAAAAUCCUUCAUUGGUAACAAUUAGACGAUAUUUUGUCUGUUUGGUCCUUAGUUUGCCUUGGUGUAUCAACCCAAUUGCACGACUAUCAGUUUACAGACAAUUAGUCAUUUCGAUCUACAUUUAGUUUAGUUUUGUUCUGAUGUAACAUGAUUUUUAUUCAGGUUGAAAACUGGUCUUCUGUAACUCAUCAUGCAUUAGAUUUUCUUACCGCAGAAAGUUCGCCCGAAAGUGUCAUACGUAAUAGUUCUCGCCGGCUUGUUUGUCCGAGACCGUUCGUCAAUUUAAAACCACGCAUUCAUCAGUGGUGUUGGCUCCUUUGCCCCCCAUCAGGAAUAAACCCUAAAGUCGACCAAGAAUGGAUCCAAAAAUUUGAACUGGAAACCAGAGAGUUGACGAGUUUGUUUUCUGACUGGCUUCGAGCUCCUCGUGGUCUUGGUGGGUUGACAGAUGCAGUUUUGUCGAUAACAGACUCCUUGCUUUUGAGCGGGAGGAGUAAAGUCAAACCCGUUAAGAACACAAAUUCUUCAGUUAAGGAAAAACAGUAUUCUGAAGGAUCUGAUGGUGAUGGUGAUGUAGAAGACUCAGAAAUUGAUGAAGGUGAAAGAUGUUUGCGAAUAGAUGAUUGCCAAGUUGAGUCAGAUGAUGGCGAUAAGGAAAGUGGAGACAUCCAAAAGAUUAGAAGAAACAUUUCAUCAAGACACUCUCAACAGUCAAUAUCCCAUGAAGAUAAUCGACUUUAUUCCGACGAUGAUAUCCCUCCACCACUUUAUCCAACUAGAUGGAAACUCCGGCCAUUUUCAAAGGAAGAGAAGGCUGAUUUUCAAUUGCAAGAAGCUGAACGUUUUUCUCAUCCAUGGUCUCCGUUUGUUUAUCACAUACAAAACUACUGCGCUGUAGUUGGACCGUUACGCUCAGCUCCAAGUGCUUUAAGUCAUGACUUAGUGUUAUAUAAUUCUGGUCGUAACUGGUCUGGUAACUCAAAGGCUAGAGACCAUCCUUUACUGCGGCUUGACCGCCCUAUGUUUGUAAGUUUAGCUGAAAUUGUCCGAGACGCUGUGGCUUGUUUGCCCAAUGGAGAAGGUACUCGUGCAGAUAUCACCACCCUUGUACAGAAUAGCGGUUUUUUAUUGCCAAAUGUCAAUCCACGCCAGUUACAACAAUGUGUCAGUUCCGCGUUGGAUCGAUUACAAGGUGAAACUUCUGAUCCUUCGGUCUACUUUAAUAACAAUCGUCGUAUGUGGAUUUAUCGUCACAGACAUAGGACUGUUGAAGAGUUUGCUGAACUACACGAAGCAAGAUGUGCUGUUAAUGAAACCAAGAAAAUUAUUCAACGUGGUGGUAGUACAUCUGUUCUGAAUAUUAACCAAACAGUUAAACCUACUCACAAAUUAAUUCCUGACAAGUAUUCAGAAUAUUCUAACAAACAAAAUAAUUUACGACAUAAUUCUUCAAAAAAUUCUGGACGUUAUCAUAAUCAUCACAGUGGCAGACAUAUUCAAUCGGGUUAUAUCAGUCGAGAUUAUGGGUAUAUGGAAUUAAACAGAAACUACUCAUUUAUUGAUGAUGAUCAUAUACCUGAUAUUGAAGAAUUAGAGGCAGCUGAUGAAGUCAAUAUGAUGGAAUAUAAUUGUACAUCUGCUAAUUAUUCAGUGAAUUCUAAUAAUGUCAAAGGUGAUAUUGGUACAGUGGUUGAUAACACUGAGCAUGAUGAUGAUAAUCAAAUUGAUGAAGUGGAUUAUGAAAAUGAAAUUCUAAGUGCUUGGGAUGAUGAUAAUUCUACCGAUCGAAUAAUGAAUCAUCCUACUGGUCAACAACAACGAGGCAAUCAACAGUUCAACAAAAUACCUAGAUACUUGGAUCCAUUUCAGUCAAGAAGUCCAACAUCAUUUAUAUUGCCAUCAAAUAAUUAUUCUCAGUCAACCAGUAAUUAUAAACAAUCACGAUUAAAUGAUUCCAAUUAUUCAUCGAAUUCGAAACGGAUUCAUAAAAACUACACAACUACUGCGGAUGAUGAUGACGUUGAAAUUGGAAACUAUAUUAUUGACAGUGAAGAGAUAAACGAGGAAUAUUUUUAAGCUUGAUGAAUCAUUAUCUAAUUAAUGAUGUGUAAAUAUCUCAGAUCUUUUGAAAAUCGCAUUUAGAUAAUGUGAUUUGUUUGUCUGAUUUAACUGCCAAUAGAUUUCCUCCGCCUUUUUAGUUUUUUUGGAAUUUUAAAAAGAGGAAACAACCCUGAUAUUCUUUAAUUUCUAUUCCAUUCGUAACUUUCAUUUAUGUUUAACUUAACAGCAAUUAAAAUGUAAAUCAAAAUUUCAUGUGUAUAAUUAUUUGACCUACCUACGAAUAAAUCAGUAGUGUCGAUGAUUUAUCAUAGAUCAGUUUAGUUGUUUAUUAACCAGUGAAAUACUUCCAUGUCAGAAUUUAUUAGCGGGACAUAGAUUGGAUUAAAGCAUGUUCCAUGCACAACUGCUUUCCUGCACGCUGAUUGGUUAAUUCUUAUCCAGUCAGCGCUAGCCGGUACUUGGAGAAGACUAGAAUCUUCUCAUGUAAAAACUAUAAAUAUACGGACGUUUUUCUUAUUGUGCUUCUUACUUCAAUCUAGCCUUGUUAUUUGGAGUAUAAUUUCUUUCCUGUUCAA